AUGAGUUUUUCUGGAGACAUUGCUCUGAGAGCUGUCAAUGCCCUUCAACCAAAGACUACCAGGAACAUACCUGGAAUUAAGCCAGUUGGAUUCAUCACUAUUUGCAGCAAGGCGGAACCCACACGACGGAGGGUCGAGGCUGCGAAAUGGCACCAGAGGAGCACUUCCAGUGACAGGCAGAAGUGUGUGGAUGUGCUAGACCAAACUUCAAAAAUUUAUAGUUUCAACCUUCAAGAUUUACCUCAUGGACAGUUAACAUAUUUCUUAGUUGUAUCAUCUGGCCCCUUCAACAGAUGCUGUCAUAUGCAAGGUCCCACACUCUAUGGUGUGGUGUUCCAUCCAAGUCUGGAAGUGACAGAGGCCCUAAAAUCUCGGUGUUUGCCGGUGGUCAGCCCCACUGCCUGCUUGGCAUUUCAAGGGCAAAUGAUUGGUUGGGUCUGGGAUGUGGCUGGAGCCUUUGGAAUACAAAUUCAAGUGGAGGAAGAAGAAGAUGAUACUGAGGACAGCUCAAGUGAAGAGGAAGAGGAAGAUAAAUUACCCCGAAGAGAAAGCUUGAGACCAAAGAGGAAACGGACCAGAGAUGUUAUCAAGGAGGAUGAUCCAAUACCUGAACCAGAAGAUGAGGAAACAAGGAAGGCAAGAGAAAAGGAGAGGAGGAGGAGGUUGAAGAGAGGAGCGGAAGAAGAAGAAGAAAUUGAUGAGGAGGAAUUGGAAAGAUUGAAGGCAGAGUUGGAUGAGAACAGACAAGUGAUUGCCAAUGUCAAAUGCAAGCCAUGGAAAAUGGAGAAGAAAAUUGAAAUUCUCAACGGCCUUCCCAGAGAAUUUAUCAACCACCAUGUAAUCAUAGGCUGGGAACUCUUCAUGCAAGGGAGAGUGGGAGAUAAACAUCUUGACGAACCAAGAGUUGAACUUUACCAUUAUACAUGGCUUCUUUUUCAGAAAUGGGCAAAAUUUCUCCGUGAUUUUGAGAACUUCAAAGCUGCUUGUAUCCCAUGGGAAAAUAAAAUUAAGGCAAUUGAAAGUCAGUUUGGAUCAUCAGUGGCCUCCUAUUUCCUCUUCUUAAGAUGGAUGUAUGGGGUAAAUAUGGUUCUUUUUGUCCUGACGUUCAGCCUCAUUAUGUUGCCAGAGUACCUCUGGGGUUUGCCAUAUGGCAGUUUACCUAGGAAAACAGUUCCUAGAGCUGAAGAGGCGUCUGCAGCAAACUUCGGUGUGCUUUAUGACUUCAAUGGCUUGGCACAGUAUUCCGUUCUCUUCUAUGGCUAUUAUAACAAUCAACGAACAAUUGGAUGGAUGAAUUUCAGGUUGCCACUCUCCUAUUUUCUGGUGGGCAUUAUGUGCAUUGGAUAUAGCUUUCUGGUUGUCCUCAAAGCGAUGACUCAAAAUAUUGGUGAUGAUGGGGGUGGUGAUGACAACACUUUCAAAUUCAGUUGGAUGGUGUUCACAAGCUGGGACUACCUGAUUGGCAAUCCUGAAACAGCAGACAACAAAUUUAAUUCUAUCACAAUGAACUUUAAGGAAGCUAUAAUGGAAGAAAAAGCAGCCCAAGUAGAAGAAAACAUCCACUUAAUCCGAUUCCUGAGGUUUCUUGCUAACUUCUUCGUGUUUCUAACGCUUGGCGGGAGUGGAUACCUCAUCUUUUGGGCUGUGAAGCGGUCCCAGGAAUUUGCACAGCAAGAUCCUGACACCCUUGGGUGGUGGGAAAAAAAUGAAAUGAACAUGGUUAUGUCCCUUCUGGGGAUGUUCUGCCCAACUCUGUUUGAUUUAUUUGCUGAAUUGGAAGAUUACCAUCCCCUCAUCGCUUUGAAAUGGCUACUGGGACGCAUUUUUGCUCUUCUUUUAGGAAACUUAUAUGUGUUUAUUCUUGCUUUGAUGGAUGAGAUUAACAACAAGAUUGAAGAGGAGAAGCUAGUAAAGGCCAAUAUUACUCUCUGGGAAGCCAACAUGAUCAAGGCCUACAAUGAAUCACUCUCUGGAAAUAGCACUGGGCCACCUUUUUUUAUUCACCCAGCAGAUGUACCUCGAGGACCCUGCUGGGAAACAAUGGUGGGACAGGAAUUCGUGCGGCUGACUGUUUCUGAUGUUCUGACCACCUAUGUCACAAUCCUCAUCGGGGACUUUCUCAGGGCAUGUUUUGUCAGGUUUUGCAAUUAUUGCUGGUGCUGGGAUUUGGAAUAUGGAUAUCCCUCAUACACGGAAUUUGACAUCAGUGGCAAUGUCCUCGCUUUGAUCUUCAACCAAGGCAUGAUCUGGAUGGGCUCCUUCUAUGCUCCCUGCCUCCCAGGCAUCAACAUUCUUCGACUCCACACAUCCAUGUACUUCCAGUGCUGGGCUGUGAUGUGUUGCAAUGUUCCUGAAGCCAGGGUCUUCAAAGCUUCCAGAUCAAAUAAUUUUUACCUGGGCAUGCUAUUGCUCAUCCUCUUCCUGUCCACCAUGCCUGUCCUGUACAUGAUUGUAUCCCUGCCACCAUCUUUUGAUUGUGGCCCAUUCAGUGGCAAAAAUCGGAUGUUCGAAGUCAUUGGGGAGACCUUGGAGCAUGAUUUCCCCAGCUGGAUGGCAAAGAUCUUGAGACAGCUUUCGAACCCUGGACUGGUCAUUGCUAUCAUAUUGGUGAUGGUUUUGACCAUUUAUUAUCUCAACGCUACUGCCAAGGGCCAGAAAGCAGCAAAUCUGGAUCUAAAAAAGAAGAUGAAAAUGCAAGCUCUGGAGAACAAAAUGCGGAACAAGAAAAUGGCAGCUGCACGAGCAGGUUGGAAGUACCUUUGUGUUUGCAAUUUUCUUCUACAAUUAGCGUGUCCUUUGUAUUUUUUCCUUAUAAAUGGGGCAUUUGAUGUGGAAUGUCUUAGUGCUCUGAACCGUUCCCCAACCUUUACUGUUCACCUUUUUAGCCAUUCUCAGGGAUCACACCUAGGGAGUUUGGAGUUUUCUAGUGGGAGAAAGGAAGAAGAAAGAACACUUGAGGUGUGGUAA